CGGCAUGUGUCAACACGGUGUCAAAGUGUGAGUGAGCCAAAUCGGAGAAGGUCGUGCAAAUCACAUCGUGAAUUUUAAUACCCCGAUUUUGUCUCGUUAUCAGCAAGCACCCGUCUCCAAAACUCAAUAAAAAUGUACGGAAGUCGUCCACAGCCUGGUAACGGUGGGUUUAACCGUGGCGGAAUGCAAGGAGGUCGGCCGGGUGGACCGAUGGGUGGUGGAUUCCGUCGAGACGGAGGAGCUGGUGGUUACGGGGGCGGUAACGGAGGUUCGUUCGAUCGUCAGUCUAACAACGGCAAGAAUCUCCGCAACGUUAAGUGGGAACCGGAGGAUCUUACGCCCUUCGAGAAGAAUUUUUAUCAACCAUCUGCUGGGCUCAUGAGCUUAACUGUGGCAGACAUUGAUGGCUAUCUGAACAAGCACCAGAUCACGCUGAAAGGCCGUGAUGUUCCCCGGCCCAGCAUGGAGUUUGAGGACGGUGGGCUGCCCGUGUAUAUCAUGGAAGAGCUGAAACGGCAAGGGUUCAGUAAGCCAACGGCCAUUCAGGCCCAGGGUAUGCCGAUUGCAUUGAGCGGUCGGGACAUGGUGGGUAUUGCACAGACCGGAUCCGGCAAGACACUUGCCUACGUGGUACCAUCGUUGGUGCACAUUCAGCACCAAGCGAGCAUUCGGCGGGGCGAUGGCCCGAUUGCGUUGAUUCUAGCACCUACCCGUGAGCUGGCCCAACAGAUUCAGCAGGUCGCAACGGACUUUGGAACGCGUGUAAGCGCGAAUAAUACGUGCGUUUUUGGUGGCGCCCCUAAGGGGCCACAGAUUCGUGACCUCGAACGGGGUGCCGAAAUCGUGAUUGCCACCCCCGGGCGGUUGAUCGAUUUUCUCGAACGUGGUAUAACUAAUUUGCGCCGCUGCACCUACCUGGUGCUUGACGAGGCGGAUCGCAUGUUGGACAUGGGUUUCGAACCGCAGAUUCGUAAAAUUAUGGGACAGAUACGCCCCGACCGGCAGGUACUGAUGUGGUCAGCCACUUGGCCGAAGGAGGUGCGCAAUCUGGCGGAAGAGUUUCUGGCCGACUAUAUCCAGAUCAAUAUCGGCUCGCUGAACUUGUCCGCAAACCAUAACAUCCUGCAGAUUGUGGAUGUGUGCGAAGACUACGAGAAGGAUCAGAAGCUGAUGAAACUGUUGACGGAAAUAUCGGCCGAACCGGACACGAAGACAAUUAUCUUCGUGGAAACAAAGCGCCGUGUCGACGACAUUACGCGCAUCGUCAACCGCAAUGGAUGGCGCGCCGUAGCUAUUCACGGUGACAAAUCGCAACAGGAGCGCGACUACGUACUCAGCACAUUCCGUAACGGACGCCAGGGCAUCCUGGUGGCCACGGAUGUAGCUGCUCGCGGUUUGGAUGUGGAAGACGUAAAGUUCGUAAUCAAUUACGACUAUCCGUCGAAUUCUGAAGAUUACGUGCAUCGGAUUGGUAGAACGGGACGCUCUAACAAUACCGGCACCGCCUACACCCUGUUCACCAACUCGAAUGCCAACAAAGCGAACGACCUGAUCAACGUGCUGCGUGAGGCAAAUCAGGUAAUCAACCCACGGCUCGUAGAACUGGCCAAACCGAACAUGGGCAAAGGUCGUCAGCGGUACAACAAUCAUCGCUUCGGUGGACAGCAGAACCGUCCUCCACGUGAUGGUCCGUACGGUGGGGGACCACGUCACGACGGAGGUGCUGGUCGGUUCGGUGGACAACGGGACGGGGCACCGAAGUAUGGUGGCGGUGUUGGUGGUCGAAGCGAUGCGGACAAAUAUGGUCCGCCACGGUCAAUGUACGGUGUGAAUGCUGGCCUACCGCCCCAAACACUUGGUGGUCUCGCGGCCAGCACAGCCAUGGGCGGUGCAAAGCCACCGGGAGUUGGUGGGGUAGGUCAACGCCAGAGCCGCUUCUCGGCACCGCCCUCGUCUGCGACGGCAGCGGCCGCUGCAGCAGCUGCCGCGUUCGCUUCCAGCUACCACCAGCAGAGCAAAUAUCCGAGUGCAUCAUCCGUGGGGGCUGGUUUGGCCGGAGCGCACCCAUCGGCUGGGGCUAACGCGACACCAUACGGAAGCUCCGCACCUUCGUACAAACCACAGUCCGCCUCGGGCAGUGAAGCCGCUCACAUGUACGGUAGCAGUGGCGGUUAUAGUGCGCGAUCACAGCCUUCCGCACUACCGACGGCAGCGGCCGCGGCAGUAGCCGCCGCUUACCAAUACGCGGCAAACGGAGCAACGCCCGCAUUCGCCUACCCGCCGCCCCAAGUAGUGCUCAACUAAAGAGUUUCUCAUUAGUUUAACAUUUAAAUUUUUCAUCCCACUAAGGUAAUACGACAUAAUUUAAUGUAUUUAAUUUGAAUGGAAAGGAAUCCGUUUUGAAUUAGGUUUAAACAUUUACACAUGAACUCACUAUUACAUUCGGUGUAGUACAAUAUUAACGAAGUCGCAUAUCUUAUCGGUCAUUAGUCCAAAUUGAGCAAAGCCAUCAGACGCAUUGAAAGUCGCGUUGUGGCGGCUAGCAAACAACGCUACCGCUUCGAUACUUUCAUCCAGCAGGGACUACUCAUGAGCGUGAGGAUGAUGCUGAGUGAUACAUUUUUUGUUUUAUUAUUUAGUUUCGAAUGAUCAGAGUAUUUUUUAUAUAUCCUUAAGUUUUCACUGUAUUGCAGCACUAACGGCAGCGAAUAACUAAUUGUUUAGUGCGAAGUUUUCAGUGGUAUCAGCGCAGAAGAUGCUUCCGAAUCAUCGCUCAUAAGCCGUGUUUGAAAAGCUCAAUCUUUGUUCCAAAUGCAACCAAAUCGAACCCUUACCAUUGAGAGCCUUUUCUGCUGUCGUUCCACUGGAAAGUUCACCAUACUUAGAUGAUUCCACAGUUUUACAUGAAGAUGCGUUUUAUGGAAGAAAAUGUAAUUUUUAUAUAUCGACUUCUUCAACCUUCUUAUAUCUGCUGCCAAUACAAUGAUGGCAAUACAUUGCCAUACACAAAUGUCCUGUACUAUCCCCCUUCUCUUUCGGUUGAUAACAAUUCAGGGCUGUUCGUCAAGCAGAGCUUAAUUUAUGUGAACUUUAACAACAACAAAAUUAUGUGAAUUGCCCUUUGUCGUUUAAAAACGCGUAUGAAAAUUGUACUUUGAUUGAAAUACACAAAACAAGCAGCGCACCAUCAGCAUCAGUUUGAACAAUUCCAAUUGAAUUCUUUGCAAAAUCAACAAUAGUAACACAACCAAAAUACACAUAGUAAAACAAGUGACAAAUUUUUAAAUGUAAAUAUAAUAAUGCAACUGGACAACAUAAAACCUAUCGCGUACCACACAUCAAGAAGAGGAAGAAUGCUGCAUAAUGAAAAUAUGCGUUAUGUGGGGUUCGAUUUAGCCAAAUCUAAACCAACAAAUGGAGCGAACGCUCCAGUACAGCAAUGUCAACGAUUAUCUCUUUAUGAACCGUCUUAUAGAGACUUUUAAUACACAUUUAGCACAUUAUACCAUCGACAUGGUUGGUGAAAAGCAUAGUGAAAACAAAAAGAGAAGUGCAACAAAACGUAGCGUAUAUAUACAUGUAUGUGUUGGUAGAUUAGUGCAUAUUUCGUGCAUCAAUGGUGUAUUGUUUCGACCUGGAAAUAUGGGUAUUUCCCUUUAACUUGUUUUCUAUAUAUAAAACACACACACACACAUAACUGUGAAUUAUUCAAAACAAAAACCUUGAAUAACAAAAUAAUGCAAAAAAAACAGAUGAUGAAAAACUUGAAUUAAAUCAAAUUGUAAAUCGAAAUAAAACUGUAACUCCAAACCAUGUAUUACGGAUUAACCGUCCCGAAGUAAUUAAAGGGUUACGUUGGUUCGAGAGUAAUGUUUAUUUUGAAUGCACAAUAAAGAUUAAUUCAUGGCA